AUGUCUAGUUUAGAUCCGCCUAAUGAGACCAGCAGCUCUCAUGAUAAUAUCACACCUUCUCUUCCUUCUUCUUUUCCUCCAACAACUGCAGGGAAGUUUAGAGAUGCGUUGGGGGGACAUCUCUGGUGGAUAAUGGUGAUUAGUGUGAUGAGUUGUUAUUGCCUGGCCUUGUUGAUUAUCGCGAUGAUUGUGCAUAUACGCGGUAUACGAAAAGAGAGAAAAAUACGAAUUGUGCAGCGGAGAAAUAAAGAAGAAUUAUAUCGAAUGGCGAGUGAAGCCUCUUUUGCGUCUACGCAUUAUAAUGUUGUGGAGAUGACCGGAGAUUCCAAUAGUGAA